AUUUAUUUAUCUCGACACGAUUCGUGUACGGGACUACGUAUACACCGUGCGACAGACGGUGAUGGCUAUAUUCAUUCAGACUUGCUUUAGGCGUUAUCGAUUUACGAAGUUCUAGAGCUUCGCGUAGUGAACUUGGUUUAUUUCGAGCGACAACAAAAAAAAAGGGAUCGACGCGUGCCUGGUCUAUUGCACGGAGAAAUCGUUAAUUUGUUCGAUCCGUGAACCGUGUGAGUCACCUCACGAACCCAUCCUUCUGCCAGUGCUAGUCAUUUUGUUGACAGCCGUGGAACAAGGAUAGACUGAUAACGUUUUACUCCUUUGACAUUUCAACUGUCAUUGCGUUUUUCGUUUCGUUCCGUGAUUUCUCGCAAAACUCGACGUUUUUGUGAACUACGCAUCGAGAAACCGCAGACGGGAAAACGAUCAGUCGCGAUCUUUUCUUUUUUUCUUUUUAUUACGUUACCGUUAUCAUAUGCAAACGAAUCCAGUGUACGUACGAGAAAUUACGAAAGUGAUUCUUUAUUGCAAGUGAUGAGUCAAUGAGAGUAUAACCUCUAAGGAGGUUACUGUCACGCGUAGCAAGUAGAGCACAUAGAUUGUACUUUAUAUAUUUCCGAUCUUGUUUGAAUAACAUAAAAGCAACAUGGAUAUCGGAUUUUCAUCGUACCACAAUGGUGGACCAACGAGAGAACAAGAUUUUGGCAGAUUGUCGCAGACCAUCGGCACAUCAAUUUUAAAGAUAUCCCAAAAUGUGUCUUCUAUGCAAAAGAUGGUCAAUCAAUUGGGCAGCUCUUCAGAUUCUCAAGAACUGCGAAAUCAGCUGCACCAGAUACAACAUUAUACACAACAGUUGGCAAAAGACACUAGUGUACAUCUUCGAGAUUUGGCUAUAUUGGCUAAUAAUUCAGGAUCUACCAGUCCUGGCGAACAAAGACAGCGUAAAAUGCAGAGAGAACGUUUACAAGAUGAAUUUACAAGUGCAUUAAAUUCUUUUCAAGCAGUACAAAGGCUUGCAGCUUCCAAAGAGAAGGAAAUGGUUAGAAAAGCUAAAGCGAAUGCAGGUAUUACACCAUUUGGCGAAAAAAAGCAAGAGACGUUGAUAGAGUUACAAGACAGCAGAACUCAGAAACAAAUGCAGCAACAGCAGUUGAAAGAAGAACAAAACUUGCGAAUGUUGGAAGAACAGGAAGCAAGUAUAAGACAACUGGAGAGCAAUAUUAGCGAUAUCAAUCAAAUUUUCAAAGAUCUUGGUGCUUUGGUAUAUGAUCAAGGAGAAGUUAUUGAUUCUAUAGAGGCUUCUGUUGAAAGAACAGAAGUAUCUGUCAAUGAAGCUACUUCUCACGUAAGACAAGCAAGCAUGUAUCAAAAUAAAUUGCGCAAGAAAAAAUGCGUACUUGCUCUUAUCGGAGCGGUCGUGUUGUCUAUAUUAAUUGGAAUCAUUGCUUGGCAAAGGUCUUAAAAUAUUCAAUAAUACGAAGUGAUGAGAAAAGACGUAGCUGCAUCUUAAUUACAAGGUACCAUGUUGUAUAUGGUGUAUUUUUUGAAAAACUUUUGAUUUGGUUUAAAAUCGCUUUACGAAUACGAAGAGAAAUUAGUACUAUCAAUGGAAACGAACGUAAUGGAAGAUGAACUUGCAUCGUACUAUAAUCUUAUUAAUAACAUUCUUAUAAUUGUGAUAAUAAAUGGUGCAAGAUCUAUUUUACGAGUAAGAUGUGCAACGGCCAGUCUAAGACUGCCCAGUCCAUUUGUACGUUUCAUUAUUCAUUGUGUAAUAUUAGUGCGUAUAUACAUGCGUAUAAAAAAAGUAUAUGAAUAUAUCCAUUCAUGAUAUAGUCGUGAUUAAUAAUCUCACAUAAUUUUAGGGAGCAUAAUAUGUGAAUAUUAACGAUUCAUUUUAAAUGACAUUGUGCAUUUCAAGAACUAAAUCCUGCGUGAAUUGUAUGAAUCAAUACAGAGUGAAUGAAUUGAUAUAAUCAUUGUAUAGUGUAUAAGUUUCGAACGUCCCACGAAAAAUUAUUCUUAUCUGUAAACAUUAAGAUAAAAGUAUUGCUACGGUCAUUAUGAAACAGCAGAGUACGUGAAUGAGAAAUCAUUGUAAGCUAAUGUAUUAUAUUUAAAAAUGUUGAUUUAUUUUAGCCAAAAUGUAAUAACUCAUGUAAAAUGAAUUAUAUAUAUAUACAUAUAUAUCAAAUUUGAAAA